GGUAAAGUUGAUUUAUCACACUUCAUUUAUCACUACCGGUCGUCUUUUAUCCGGUUCGGCCUUAAAUAUCAUAUUUUGUCCUGACACGCCACUUGGUUCACGAAAGAUCGUGUAGUUUUCGGAGAAUAUUCGGUCGAUUUUCGGUCAACCGUACCGUUAAUUGUCAACUCCCACUUGUAGGCGCGCUGUUGCCAUCCGAGAAUCGAAUCAGAAGGUGAAAGAAGCACUACUGCUGUAAUCAAAUGUCUUCAGCUGAUUGUUGUUGUGCCAUGUGGCAGUCGCCAAUUCAGGGCGUACUGAGACCCGCUGUAUGGUUGCCUGGUGUUAGAAAUCUCCAUAGUUGUAAAGAGACGUAAGUUUCUUUAAUCGUUUUCCUUGUUACUUGUAUGAUAUACACUGCAUUUAUUUUAAAUGCCAUAACCAGCGAAUCCGUUCGGUAUGCUUUAAAUUUUCCUUAAAAACUUAAUCCAAACAGGAUCACUCCAUUAUUAUCUCCUGAUUUUAGAGAUGAUAUAUUUUGGAUUAACUGCGUUGGCGUGGGGUCUUGAAACUGAUCAUGUUAAGUCCUAUUCAAAACACCCAGCUGUUUGAUAUUUAGAAACAACAAAAUAUGUCAUAUUUUUAUUGAAAUCAGCAUGAUGUUAUUAGGUCGUUCAACCCUUCAACGUACGAGAAAGUGAAUGAUUUAUUAGUAUUUCGCACUUUACGUUUGAUUUAUUGCCAAUAUUGAUAUUUUUCUAAUCAUGGUCAUCUAAGGAGCCCCGCGAGUUCUGAUACAAAUCCAAAAGACAGUUAUCAGAAUUUGUCCAUUAACUAAGAGUAAUUUAUAUGCAUAAGCUAAAUGUUUAAAUGUACUUUCAAGAGAUUUAAUGGCUUUUUUAUUUUCUAUCUUGUUUGCAACACUAUAUUUCUUAAUAAUUUAGUCUCUUUGGGUUUCUGCUUAGACUUGAAUGACAGGUGAAAUUUGGACUGUGAAAUUAUAAAACAUUGAAUUAUUUAAGGGUCAUAUGAAAUGCAUAUAAAUAUUGAUUAAUUCUCACAGAGCAGAUUUGUUAGUUCAAUGCAGAGAAAAAUGUAUUAUACAUUCUUUGGAAACUAAUGAUAAUCUAAUUGUAUAGACUGAGCUAAAUUUUUAAGGUUUUCAAACAUCUUUUAGAGUCAAAUUUGAGUGUUUUGAAGCUAAGUAUAAAGCACUUAACCCUUUAACUCCCAGAUGUGGUUAACAUGUAAUUUCUCCUCAUAAUAUCAAUCAUUAUCCAGCAAAUAGGUAAUGAGAAUAUUCGAUUUUAUUAGGUGGAUGUUGUUAUCUUGAUCAAACACCAAAUUCUCCUACUAAAUUUAUAGGGAAAUGCAUAGUUUCUAGAGGGGAGAAUUAACAAUCAGGUCUUAGUAGUUAAAGACAUCAUAAGGAGACGCUGGGGAAUAUACCUCAUAGAGUUUCUAGUGAAUUUAUUAAGUUGAGCCAUGAGGUAGACAAUGCAGAGAGUAAGAUUUUGAGAGCUAAAGCUGUGAGGGGGUUGCUAUUUACAGGUAAUUGUUCCAAAGGUAGACUGUUCUGAAAGUUAUAUGGUUUUCAUAUCAGAUAAUUGCCUGAAUUUUUUUGACCAGCCAAAUUAAAAAUAAUAUGUUCGUACUUUAUUUGACUUAAAAAUUAUAUGUUGAUAUAUUUUUAUUAAAACAUUAAGGUGGAUAAUACCAGAAGCAACUCCAGAAGUGUGUUUAGAACAUUUGGUAUCAGCCAUAUCCUUACUUAGUGAAACUGAGAAGAUGCAUAUAAAUAAGGCGAGUGAAGAGCAGACUUCAGUACUUUAGUAAACCUUUAAUUGUAUCAAACCAUUUUGACAUGAAACUUUUAGGACUCUCACAAAAAUUUGAAAGAUGUGUCUGAAAAAAAGUUAAAAAUGGUGAAAUUUGAGAUACUUCUGGUUUCAUGCAAUAUAAGGGUGGUCAAUUGCAUUUAGGCGACCAAUGAGCCAAGCAGGAGACCGACUCCACUGCAUGCAACCUAUCCCAGUUUUCAUUCCACAAAGUGACAAGGAAUUGUGCUUCUUCACCUGGAUGUGUUGCUGAUAUUUCAAAGGUUAUCCCCCUCCCCUUUCCCCUCAGUUUUUUAGUCAGGUUUUUGGGACACUUUGCUUAUACCCAGGUAUUCUACUGGUUGUAUGGAGACACUGGAAGAAAAACAGAGGCAUGUUAAAAGUUUUUAGGGAAUUGGUUGACCAACCAUUGGGGCUUUGAGGAGAUAAGAUCCCAGAGAACUCAAAGUUAACCAAGGCUAGAGAAAAUAACCAAGAUUCUCAGGUUAAAGAUGCAAGGGUACCUCAUAAUCCAUUAAAACUUAGUUUAAGGUGCAUAUAGCACACUUCAACUUGUUUUGAGAUAGUAGUAAGCUUGCCUUAGGGACAUUUAUUUAAACUACUUGUCUUCUGUAGAUUCAUCAUGAAAGACAUUUUGUGCAAAUAUUUUCUUAUACUGAAGCUGAGUGGCUGGACAUUGUGGAAAUAGAAUUUCAACCAGGGCAGGAGAGAGGAACUCUUGCGAAGGUAAGUAAAGAAAGUUGGUUAUUAUUAAUUGUAAAAUUGUGAAGUGAAAAGCCCUCUAUCAUAGGGUCUCUAAAUGUUUUUGAUAACUAAAAUACUGAAAAUUUUAAAUAAAUAUAAUUUAACUGGCAGAAGCAAUGUUGCACAGCUCAUACACAUGAAGGCUCCUUUUGAUGGCUUGCUUACCCUCCAAGGACUGUUGAUAAACUCACAAGUAGAAUUGUCAACAAUUCUCCUGCAUGUAACACAUUAAGGGUCUGAGUAUCCACCACAAACAUGCUCCUCCACAAGGCAUCUUCAUUAAGUUAAAAAAUUUCCUCUAGCUUGAAAUAUUAUUUAUUUAUUUAUGACACUGAAGAAAUAACCUUUACUGUGAUAUUUUUUUUCCAAAGGCAAAGUCAUUUUCAACUGGAUUUCUUCCUUUGAUGAUUCCAUUUGCCUUUCUUCUAAACAUGGUAGGAAAAAGCUCUAAAUGUGCAGAUCAAUUUGAGGCUUCAACAUCCCCCUCUCCUUUCCCCUGCAUACCCCACUGGUAUCUUAACCCAAGGAGUUUAAAGAGUUUGGAGUCUGCUUUCAUGAGAAAAUAUCUUGGAAAAAAAUUUUCACAUUGUAGAAUGAUGCUUACAGGCAAAAAAAACCUAACAGUGGAACCAAAACCUUUGCUAAAUUCUGAAACAUUUAUUGAUCACAAACAAUUGUUCAAUAAAAAGUUGCGCUUGGAUAGGGCAUUUUAAUGCAGUUUUUGUCCUGGGGGGGAGAGAGGGGGGCAGGAAUAUAAAGAAACCAAUCUCAAAAGGUCAAAUGCACAGGAAGGGGGGGGACAUUGAAGCUUGGAAUUGAUCAACACAUAAUGAUCAACCAAUAAGCUUUGAUGUUAUUCUUAGUAUUAUAUCUUAGUAUUACUCACUCAGUGAUCACCUGUAAGUUGUUAUUAUCCAUAGUGUUCUUCUAUAACAAUUUUAGAGCUUAAAGACAAAAUUUCCAUUUGGAAUUAUUCCAAAACCCAUCUAUUUUGAGCAAACUCAUAACAGUCACCUUCAUAAUGCUAUCAAACAGUCUCCUAAACACCACAACAGACAGAGGCUUGUUUUGGGACCAGACAGUUUAUUGAAUGUGUAUAUCCUAUGUAAAUAACACAAGACUAUUACAUAAAAAAUAUUUGAUGAAUGCACUAAACCAACAGUCCAGUAAUCAAGAAUAAAUUACAAACACGAAUUAGAUUAAGAUACAAUCAAAACUGUUGAUGGUGUGGAUGGGACGGAAACUAAAACUUUCUAAAAGCUAGAAAUAAACUUGUUGCUCGCUUGCUAGAUUACUAAUAACAUGUACACACCUAAACAGUAAUAUACUAAAAUAAUUUUGCAAUUAAAAUGCAAAUUUUUAGCAUGGUGAAUAGCCAUUGGCUCUUAUGACUUGUAUACUGAACAAAUUGCUCAAUCUUAAGGAAAGGGAAAAUACUAAUAUGCACCCUGCCUGUACCCAGUCCAGGCCUCUCAGUUAUCAAUGUCUAGAUUCACAUUAAUAGAGAUUAAUAUUCACUGCACUGAAGGAAAGUCAGUACUUAAUUCAAGUGACUCACACAGGCAGAACUUCUCACAGUUUCUGUUAGAUGAAUAGGAAUAUUAUUUCUCCCAGUCCAUCCCAGGUUACCCUUUCUCAUUUCAUUUAGUCUCCCUGGUGCUGGUAGCCAUUUAUACUCCUGGCUGGAGAGGGGCAUGUUGAGAUAAAAGUGUUUUACUAGAGAACACCACGAGAGUUUUCUUUUUUUUACCAGCUCUCCAUGACCUUACCUCAAAUUCCCUUUAUAAUGAAGAGUUAGGUUGGAUCUAGACAUCAUCCUGAAUUUGAAGGGAAAAAAAGCCUCAAGUGACCUUUGCUCCAACAUCAAAUUCUUUUUUGAUUCUCAAGGAAAGACAUGACAAUAUGGAAGGAGAAUCUGGCAUUUUACCAGUGGUCACAUGGGGCUUUUUCCACUCAUCCCUUUACAUUAUCCUUUACACAAUGAACAAAAAUUGUUCAGAAUCUGUAAGUAUUUGCCUUUUUAAACUCCACAUUGAGUCAACAAAUUUACUGAUAUUUUCUAUGUGCCUUUGUUUUUCAGAUCUUUUUCUUUGUCCCAUUUUCUGAUAAUAAAUACAAUAAGAUGAGGUUGACACGAAUUCGUCAAAAAAUGAAUCUUAACAUUGAAGUUGCUAGAAAAGAGUCAUAGAAAUUAUAAAAUUUAUAACAUUUCAAGAGUCAAUUGUCAACUACUCAUUGAAGUAUCACAAUGAUAAAAAUAGAAGUUUUGAAAAAUAUAGAAUGUUAAUCAUGUCUUAAGGAGUAAUUUGAAAUUACCUUCUGUGGUAAAUGAUAGGUUACAGGAAAUAGUUUAAGUAUGGUAAUUUAAGAGUUGAGAACUUUUUUUAGUUUCCAUAUUGGAGUUUGUUUUAAAUUGAAAUUGGAUGGCAUUUAUUUACUCAUAGCUUAGGAGCUAGGCCCAAUUUCUGUCACUCUUUGGAGUCUACUUUUUGUUCCUACCCAAGGAAGGUGCAUAAACUUGAUUCCCUAGCAGUAGCUGGCCAGAGCAAGUCUUCCCAUCAGCAUAGCCUGGAGCUUUCAGAAGAGGGGUCCCACUUAGCAUUUAAGGGAAUUUGCACAAGACAGUCUCAUUUUGGUCUACAAAAAGCCCUUGGAAACUUUUUUAUCUCAUUGUUUUGUAUUGCCUUUUUAAAUGGCAUUCAAAGAAAAAUUAAGACAGCAAUUCUUUUUUUUUGAUAUAAAUCUAAUUUUUUAACAUUUCAUGAUAAUAUGAGGGAUUCUGGUAUAAAAAAUCUUAGAUGACUUACAUUUAUAGCUUCAUGCAGAAAGGCAUAGGUUGCAUUUUCCAGUGGUGGAUUCCACGCUAUCUUUGUAGUCGAUCAUACUGUCCAUAUGAGAGUUGUCCUGAAAGGGAUUGUUGUCAGUGGCGGUCACUGAGACUCUGACAACCUGAAAGGAAGUCAUCAGUAGGGUCACUUAACUUACUUCUGUUCAUGUUGUCCAAAUGUUAGGAACUUUCACUGACAACAGACCUUUUUUAGGAGACUAUUAUGCAAACAGUUUGACCAUAUGAUCAACUGCCAACCCCUGGGUUUAAAGUAUUUACCGCACUAUCUUCCUACUGACAUUUGGGGCAUGCCAAGUGAUUUUAAGUAAGAUCACUUUUAGAUGAAUUUGCAUGCAGGCUAAAUUUGGCCUUUUAGAUGUUAAUAAAAGAUAAUUUAACAUUAUCACUGUUGUGCCUCUACAGAUAAAUCAUUGAGAUAUAAAUUAUUUACUGUUAGUAUGCACCCAGGCUAUCUCGCUA